AUGGUGUCAGGCCCCCUACUCCCUAAGAUCACCCAGUGCUCCAUUGGAGACAUUGUGUGUUCCGACCACGCACCGCUUACACAGACCCUCAGAGGUCCAUUCCCACUUAGAGGACAGGCACCGUGGCGCCUAAACAAUUCUCUCCUGCAUGACCCUACGUUCCUAACCCAAAUGACGCAAAACCUAGAACAAUAUUUCCAGCUCAAUGAUCUCCCAGAAACAUCCCCUAUCAAGCCCUCCAUCAGAGGCCUGCUGAUCAGCCGAGCAUCAUAUAUGAAGCAUACGGCUAACCACAAACACAUCAAACUGCUGCACACUCUACGUGAUGUCACAAAUGCACACACUGUACAGCCAGAGGAUACCCAUCUAAAAACCAUAGUGAAUGUUACCAAACGUAUAAAUGACAUACCCCUAGCCAAGACUUCUUACACACUUCAACGGCUCAAAAUGCGACACUACUCCCAGGGCAACAUGGCAGGGGAAACAACAAGCACAAUCCAAAAUACCUUACCUACUUUUGGAUUUUGA